GGAGCUUUGAAAGAGGGGGUGAGCAGAAGUUAGUCUAGAAUGUUGAGAAGUGUGAACUGAACCCACAGAGUGCGCUCGUCGCUGCCCCAAGCCCCCAAGACAACCUCCAGGGACAUCCUGCUGCAGACGCUACUGAUCUCAUACAGCCAUGAAGUGAACAACCUGGUCAACAAAACGAUGAAAUUAAACUGAAAUGGCUGAUAUAUCACCAAGAUGUAUGGAUCAAUCGCGCGGCAGCAACAUACACAUAUGCGCUGAAGAAACCCGAUGCGGGCAGAUGUUAUUUUAGAAAACAGCUGGAGCUUGUUUUACACUCCCGAUCUUGCGUGUCAGCGCUUCAGUUCCGACUCAUUGAAAAUCUAGAGCUGCUUUUAUAAGAAGAAACUUUGACUCACCUGGAACUCUAUAAUCAACAUGAAGCAUGGUGUAGAGUUUUGGACACCUAUUCAUUGAUCCGGCUUAUCCUUCGCCGAUUUGGAUCAAACAUUAACUUAUGGACAUAAUUAUCCGGGGGUACCGCCCCAUGAUCGAGAUGACUUGAUUUCACAGUGCUGAUAGAUACAGGCAGUUGGCACCAUGUUCAUGUCCAGGUUUGUUGUGCUGGUUGCUUUAGUGGCUGCUGCCGGGUUGUGUUGCCUUGGCAGCGACGUCUCUUCAUUAAUUCUCCCCUUUACCGACUGUCUGAAGAGCAAGGGCAAAGCAGGUUAUUUCCAGGGCUCAAUUGAUGUUACAGAGUCUGGAGCAAAGUGCAUCAACUGGAAUAAUGUAACCAGUUUUAAAGAUAGAUACCCAGGAAAAGGACUAGGCGAUCACAAUUAUUGUAGAAACCCCGAUAGCAGGAUCAGACCAUGGUGCUUUUUCAGAAACAAUAGAGACCGAGUAGACUGGGGCUACUGUGACUGCAAACAAGGUUCAGUGCGCCUACAAGGAGGCAGAACCAGACUGGAAGGCACUGUUGAGGUUUACUUAAAUGGAGUUUGGGGAACAAUCUGCAGCAACAGCUGGGGGGAUGAGGAUGCAGCUGUAGUCUGUCGACAGCUGGGCCACAGGUAUAAAGGCAGGGCCAGGCAGGCAUCAAUCUCCAGGUUCAGUGUGGUCCCAGUACACUGGAAUUCUGUGCACUGUCGAGGGGAUGAGGAUGAUCUGCUGCAGUGCAAGAGGAAAGCAUGGCACGGUGGGCUCUGCUCACAGAGAGAUACUGCAGCUGUCACCUGCACCCCUCAGGAAGCGGCUGUGCUUGUUCCAGUGCGUCUGCUUGGUGGGAUCUCUGAACGUGAAGGGAGAGUGGAGGUCUAUCAUGCCGGACAGUGGGGUACCAUUUGUGAUGACCAGUGGGAUGAUGCAGAUGCAGAGGUAGUGUGCAGGCAGUUAGGUUUUGGUGGUGUAGCAAAAGCAUGGAGCCAGGCCUACUUUGGAGAAGGGUAUGGACCCGUGCUCCUCGAUGAAGUGCAGUGUACAGGGAAUGAGUUGUCUAUAGAGCAGUGCAGCAAGAGCCUGUGGGGAGAACACAACUGUGCACACAAAGAGGACGCAGGGGUCUCGUGCACUCCUCUCACAGAUGGUACCCUGCGUUUGGUGGGUGGAAUGGGCAGCCAUGAAGGACGUCUGGAGGUGUACUAUAAUAGGCAGUGGGGCACUGUCUGUGAUGAUGGCUGGACAGAAUCUAAUAUCCAAGUUGUGUGCAAACAGCUGGGAUUCAGGUACAUUAAAGGUUCUGUGCAGCACCAUUUUGCAGUUGGUACAGGGCAAAUCUUCUUGGAUGAUGUGAGCUGCUCAGGGAAAGAGUCCUGUCUGGUACAAUGCGGUAGAAGGGAAUGGAGAAAGCAUGACUGCACUCACCAGGAGGAUGUAUCGGUUGUCUGCAGUCCCGACCGGGAUGUCAAUGGGAUUCCAUCCAGUCUGCCUAUGCGACUGAUGGAUGGAGAAAACGAGAAGGAAGGACGUGUGGAGAUUUAUAUCAAUGGCCAGUGGGGAACGAUUUGUGAUGACGGAUGGACUGACAGGGAUGCAGAAGUUGUCUGUAGGCAGCUGGGCUACAAGGGUCUGGUCAAAGCUAGAACCAUGGCUUAUUUCGGAGAGGGCAAAGGACCUAUCCACAUAGACAACGUCAAAUGCACAGGAAAUGAAAGGUCUUUGGCUGAUUGCAUCAAACAACCAAUUGGUAUGCACAACUGUCGCCAUAGCGAGGAUGCUGGGGUGAUCUGUAACUAUGGUGAAGAGAAGACAACAGAGAGGAGCAAAGACCCUUUUUCUUCAACUUGUGGCCUACGAUUAGUUCACACACGCCAGAAGAGGAUUAUUGGGGGGAAGAAUUCCUUACGGGGUGGGUGGCCGUGGCAGGCUGCCAUUCGGUUGAGAACAGCGCACGGGGACAAGAGGCUGGUGUGUGGAGCCACGCUCAUCAACAGCUGCUGGAUCCUCACAGCGGCCCACUGCUUCAAGAGGUAUGGUAACAACACUAAAAGCUACACUGUAAGAGUUGGAGACUAUCAUACACUAGUAUCAGAGGAAUAUGAAGAAGAAUAUGGGAUCCAGCAGAUUGUCCUUCACAGCAACUACAAGCCUGACCGCAAUGAUAAUGAUCUGGCCUUAGUGCAGCUUGUGGGGAGGGACAGACAGUGUGCAAAAUUCAGCAGCCACGUCAUGCCAGCUUGCUUACCUCUUCGGAAACAGAAAGCACUCAAGGUUGCGUCAAACUGUUACAUUACAGGAUGGGGAGACACAGGAAGAGCUUAUUCUAAAACCCUGCAGCAGGCACCAAUCCCUCUGCUUCCCAAGAGGCUUUGUGAGGAGCGGUACCGGGGCCAAUUUACUGGGAGGAUGCUGUGCGCCGGGAAUGUGCAGGAGGGCAUGCGGGUGGACAGUUGCCAGGGAGACAGCGGUGGCCCAUUGGUGUGCGAGAGGCCUGGGGGAAGCUGGGUGGUGUACGGCGUGACCUCCUGGGGACACGGAUGCAGGGUCCAGGACUCUCUUGGGGUCUACACGAAAGUAUCUGCCUUUGUGCCCUGGAUUAAACGAGUGAUCAAACUGUGAAGGGCUUUGUCACAGGACCUGGAAAUGCAUGAUGAGAAGCCUGAAGCCGGCUCCCAACAGUGAUUUUAAAAAUCAUUUAUAUGGCCCAUCUGGGCUCGUCUCUUAAUUUUAUUCCUUAAAAUUGUACAAAAUAGCACUUCCCUGAGGGACCUUACUUGAAAUAAAGAAAAGGAAUGCAGAGAUAUGUCAAUAGACAGUACAUUGAAAUCUCAACAAACAUGUUCUACCUUUCCACAUGUCUUCUGUUUGUGUCAAGGUAGCUGGAACAAGACCACAUGGAAACAAGCUUGUUUUCACUUAAUAAUUAUUUGGGCUUUUACAGUAUUAACUGUAUAACUGUGAUGAUUUGGUGCUAAUGUGUAAAACUGGGAUAUAGAUAUAGGGUCUAGUACAGUGGCAUGUAAAACUCCAUGGAGAUGCCUGUUCAGUUAUUUAAGCGGCAGCAGUGUUUAGAUCUGCCACCAUUGAGAUCAUUUGGAUAGACAAAACAGUGUACCCCUGUGUGAGAUGUAGGCUUUAGUGAGGGGACCGUUUCUGUUAGCUUUUUUCCCCAGACUACCAAAGUUAUGGUUUGUGUUUGCUUUAUUCUCAGGUCCAAGAAGAAUGUAUAAAGUGUAUUUUUUUGUGUGUGUUUUGUUUAAAAAAAAGAACACGUUGUACUAUAAUAAAAUGCAGACAUUUUUGUUUUUACUUUUCCUUUAAAAAAAAAAACAAUUUCCGUAUAUAACAGUGCAAUUUUAGGAGAGGGAAACAAAUAUAAAUACAUUUCAAAAACAUAUUUCACACAUUUCAAAUACAUUUCAUAAAUACAUUUCAAAAACACUGACAGAGAAUUAUCUUGGAAAUGUUUAGGUCUAAUUUUAUUAUUUUAGUUUCUUUUUAGAACUGUCGUGUUUUUAAAAAGGGGUUAUCAGAAGGGUCCUGACCUAUAGCCAAGGAUCACACACAGUUGAGCUUGGAUUUGUAAUCUACAGGUUCCCAGUCCUUAGCUCACUCUUCCCAGCAGCUUAGCCUCAGAGGAAACACAUUUUAUGAUGCUUGCUGUGUCUGUGAGAUAUUUACCAGGCCAUUUUAAACCUGGGGUCAAUUGUGAGUAACCAGAUACUUAGUUACAGUAAGUAUCACAGCUUUUAAGGCUUAUAAUAGCAACAAGGGGCUGGGACAUUCAAAUGAACACUCCAGGCCACCAGCUCUCCUGGAAAUGCCCUGGUACUUGCUACUUGAUUGUUAUUAUUUUCUUGAGAUUGACAGCAAUGUUUGUUUGGUAGUACCAGUAGCAUGGUGGUGUACUUUAUACGUGUAUGGUUAAUCAAAAAUGAAACACGCUUUAUUUGUUUUUCUUUUAACAACCAAGAUGAUCUUCAAGAGGAACAAAAGUGUGCUCUGAAAUAUUGAGGGUUCUCAAUUUGUUGAAUUCAUGCCCAUAUUCCAGUUGAACUAAUCUACAUUCUGUAAUUAGGUUUUUUAUAUAUAGAAUACAGGGUAUUUCAUAAUAUUCUUGCAUUUCUUGUUAAAUGUAUUUAAUGUGAAAAAUGAGGCCAUGUUUCCUUACAGAUUGCAUGUGAAUGAAGGCUUUGCAUGUUGGUGCUGUGUAAUGCCAUCCUUAGUGACAUAUUGACAUUUGUUCUUUGCUAUUUUAAUGUGGCUGGGUAAGAUUAAAAAUGAUCUAGAAACAUGUACAUUAAAAUAGGUCACUUCAAUGAACCUAAAUGGUUAUUUCACAAGCCUUUGUGACAUAAAAUAAAUACAAUAUUUUAAACAUGUUACUUGUUGAGUUCCUCUCAGUGGUGUCCAGCCAUGAAAUUCUAAUUCCAAUUCACAGCUUAGCUUUGACCUUGGGCA